AUGUCAAGCAAGCAGAAAAAGGUGUCCCGCAAGAGAUAUCGUCUAAUCCACUUUUCUAUCCUUGGUUCAAGGAUUGUAUUCGAGAAUCGAGCUAUCGAUGGAACUCAUAUUCCUGCAUUUAUUUUUAUGGAAGAUCAACCAAGAUAUAGAAAUCGUAAAGGAGUUCUUUCUCAAAAUGUCCUUGCUGUGGUAGAUUUUGAUAUGAAUUUUCAAUACGUGCUUGCUGGCUGGGAAAGCUCUGCUUCAGAUUCUAGAUGGAACUGGGAAGAUGCAUAUUUUGAAGAGCACAUGGAAAAGGAAAUAGAAGAUUCUCAUAAUUUGGAUGAUAUUGAUUCAGAUUCAGAUGAUGAAGAACUUGGACGAGGCCGGACUAAUAUUGACAAACAAUAUAUGUGCAAUCUAAAAGAUGGAAUAGCUCAUCAGAUAUGGUGUGCUAGAUCAAUUAGAUAA